AUGGAUAAUUUAUAUAUUUUAAUUUGUAUAUUUUUAAUUAUCAUUUUUUGUAUCUAUAUUUUAUAUAAAAAUAUAAUUAAUAAAAUUAAUAAUAAUAAUAAUAAUAAUAAUAAUAGUAGUUUUAAUAAUAAUAUUAAUAAUAAUAAUUAUAAUAAUGAUAAUAAUUUUAAUUUUAAUAAUAAUAAUAAUUAUAACUACAUCAAUAAUAAUAAUAAUAAUUUUUAUAAUAAUCAUAUUAAUAAUUAUAAUCAUUGCAAUUAUAAUGAUAAUAAUAAUAAUAAUUAUAACUCUAUUAAUAAUAAUAAUUUUUAUAAUAAUAAUAAUGAUAAUAAUUAUAAUCAUUAUAAUUUUAAUUAUAAUAAUAAUUUUAAUAAUAAUAAUAAUUUAAAUAAUUAUAGUGAUAUUUAUAAUAAUAAUAAUAAUAUUAAUUUAAAUAAUAAUUAUUAUGAUGAUAAUAAUAAUAUAAUUUAUGAUAACAAUAACAAUAAUAAUAAUAAUAAUUAUAAUAAUAAUGGUAAAAAUGGUGUAAGAUAUUUACCAUCUCGUUUUUUCAAAGAUACACCAACACAAGAAACACAAGAAAGAACCACCCCAACAUUUAUUCCUUCAAACAUUGCCUCUAAUGAUAGCAAUAAUAAUAACAAUAAUUACAACAUCAAUAAUAGAAACCAAUCAUUAGAGUCAGAUCCAUUAGUUUUAGAGAUUCUAAGAAGGGAUAAAGAACAAACAGAAAGGGAGAAGGCAAACAAAGCUCUCAGAAAAGAAGUAUUGGAUUUUGCAAGAGAAAUCAGAGAAUCUGAACGUUCAGAAAGAUUAACCAGAGAAAGACAAGAAAGAGAACGUUUAGAAGCUUUAGAAAGAGAAAGAAUCUUUAGAGAGCAACAAGAAUGGGGACGUACCCAAUAUUUAUUAAGAAUUGAAAGAGAACGUCAAGAAAGGGUACGUCUAGAACAAUUAGAGACUGAAAGAAUUGAAAGAGAGAGAAUAGAAAGAGAGCAACAAGAAUGGGAACGUACCCAAUAUUUAUUAAGAAUCGAAAGAGAACGUCAAGAAAGGGUACGUCAAGAACAAUUAGAGAGAGAAAGAAGAGAAAGAGAAAGAGUUGCAAGAGAGCAACAAGAAAGGGAACGUGCCCAAACUUUAUUAAGAGAAAGGGUACGUAGGGAUGCAAUAGAAAGAGAUAGAUCACAAAGAGUUGCCAGAGAGCAACAACAACAUUUGGAAGAAGCCCGAGAAUAUAUUCAUGUAUUACUUCAACAAAGGGCAAAUAGAAGAAAUUUAGAAAGAGAACGUGCCCAAGAAACACAAGAAGAAAAUCAAAGGGUACGUAGAGAACAAUUUGAAGCCUUAAGAUUGCAACAAGAAAGAUUACAACAAAUAAGAUUGCAACAAGAAAGUCAACCACAACAAAUGGAACAAGACGAAGACCAAAACACCUGCACAGUUUGCUUAAAUCAGGUAGAAGCCAUUAAUAGUGCAUCAAUUGAUUGUGUUCAUAAAUUUUGCUUUGAAUGCAUUACUAGAUGGUAUUCUCGUACUAGAACCUGUCCAACUUGCAGACAUCCAAUUUCAAGUAUUAGAAGAGAUAAUCAAAAUGAGGGUUUAACAAAUGAUGCAAUGAACAUUGAUUAA